AGUCGAUAGUUCUUCUGUCCUAGGUGAACCUUACACGUUAGCUGUGUUAAGAUGACGUCACUCAGGUUUUCCACAUUUAUCAAAGUUGCCUUUUGUGUAGUAUUCCUUGUUUCAAUUAAAAGAGUGGCUUGCCUAACUGUUCAUCGCUUGUUUGACUAUGUAGAAGAAGGCGGAAGUGAUGUCAAAGUUACAGUGAUAAAAAAUAAGACUGACCCAAAAAUAGUCUGGUCUUUUUAUCCUGCCUCAAAAUACAUCAAAUUUCGUAAUACCCAAACCGGUCUGGAGGUAUACGCUCCGGAAAACAAUAGGUCCGACGAAAGGAAGCGAUACCAGCUGAUUGGAUUUGUGGCUGGCACAGACAAAAUUGUCGCCAAGUUACGGUUCACGGUCGUAGAUAAUGACAGAAAACCAAAGCGCAUCUUAGAAAUCGGAGGACCAAUAAAAUUCAACGUGAACCACAAGAAGACCCCUUAUCGCACAGAAUACAUGAUCUCUGAUUUUACGGCAGGUAUUUUCAACGACUGGGAAUUUUCACCCUUGAAAAUAACCUUUCUGGCAAACCAGUCCGGCUCCGCCAUUAUGUAUGCCCGGCCAAAGGAUGACGACACAGUCGAAGGCACAGAACGGUUUGUCCUGUCCCUGAAAAAAAUUUCACGGAAGCUAGUGUCUCAUGUUCAGAGCAAAGUCGUUGAUAUCAUCGAUAAUGAUGUCGUUGGAGAGUGGUCUGAAUGGCUUACAUUUAGUAAAUGUCAGAGAGGUAUCUUUGGGGAUUGUUACAUGUCAAUGUUGCGGCAGUGUACAAGCGCCGGAAGUGGACUGUCGGUGAAUGCUCACUGCCAUGGUCAAAGCUUGAAAAGAACCAGGUGCGCGUGUUAAAAGGGUUUUCUAGCAGGCGUCGUUCUUACAUUUGUUCCACUGGGUGAACGGAAAUCAGAUAAUAAAAACAUUGAGUAUAUGUAUUGUUAAAUAAACAGCAUUG